CUUUUCUUCAGUUGACGUCAGUUCUACUUCCUAACAUAUUUUCCAAAUUUUUAUUUUAAAUAUUUUGUAAAUUAUUAUACAAAAUGAUUACUGUUCUUAAUACAAUUGAUACGGGCCAUGAAGAUAUGAUACAUGAUGCUGAAAUGGAUUACUACGGAUUAAGGCUUGCCACAUGUUCUUCAGAUAAUUCUGUUAAAAUUUACGACUUAAAAAAUGGUACUCAAACUUUAGCGGCUGAUUUGAAGGGGCAUUUUGGACCAGUAUGGCAAGUCGCCUGGGCUCAUCCUAAGUUCGGGAACCUCCUAGCCUCCUGUUCUUACGACAGGAAAGUGAUUAUAUGGAAGGAAGCCGGGGAAUGGACGAAACUGUAUGAAUAUACCGGACAAGAGAGUUCUGUGAACUCGGUGGCGUGGGCGCCGUCUGAUUAUGGAUUGAUUCUCGCCUGCUGCAGCUCCGACGGCACUAUUUCGGUCAUCACAUAUUCACAAGACAGUGGCAAUUGGGAUGUAAAGAAGAUAUCUGGCGCGCAUGCUAUUGGCGUGAACUCUAUCAGUUGGUGUCCGGCUAUAUCUGCAGAUAUAAAUCUCGACCCUCUUAGCAACAAAGAUGCUCCCAAAAGAAUAGUAUCUGGUGGAUGUGACAAUUUAAUUAAGAUAUGGCGGGAACAAGGUGAUCAAUGGGUUGAAGAGAAUCGUCUUGAAAUGCACAUGGAUUGGGUUCGAGAUGUGGCAUGGGCACCAUCACUUGGUCUCCAACGAUCCAUGAUUGCCAGCUGUUCUCAGGACAAGAGAGUAGUAAUCUGGUCUAGUGAUGACAAUAUAUCCUGGACCCCAACAAUCCUCAACACAUUUGAUGAUGUUGUGUGGAGUGUAAGCUGGUCUUUAACAGGCAAUAUCUUGGCAGUCUCAGGAGGAGAUAACAAAGUGAGCCUUUGGAAGGAGGGUACUGAUGGUCAAUGGUUAUGCAUAAGUGAAGUUGCCAAAGGAUUGGGACAGACUCCAAAUGAAGAAAGAAGUACACUUUAAAACCAUACUAUUGUUUUUUGUCAAUAAUUUAUGUAACUCCUUAUCUUUCUUUUUUUGCCAAUGUUAGACUAUUUGGCAGUGGCACAUGUUUUCUGCUACUGAAUUUACUGAACUCCAUGAAUAACAUUUGUAUAUUGUAACAAACUACUGUUGAUUUAAUAAUAUUGAGUAUGAUUCAUAAAAUUUUUAAAAUGUAACAAAUAGGUCAAAUUUGUUCGACAUUAUAAUAAAAAUGUGAACAGUAAAAAGCAAAAUAACAGUAUAAAAAUAUAUUUUCAUGUACAUUUAGAACUACUA